AAUUAUACCGAUAAUACACGUGGAUUUCGUCCAAUGCAGCACGAUAAGAAUACUACCGGAACGGCUGGCGUAAGCCUAUCGUCCAUCACGCCUUAUGACAGUUUCGUCCAACAACAACAACAACAACAACAACAGCAGCCAUCAAAUGAUAGUUCACUGCUACCUACUCGAUUGAUAUCAUCGAAAUCUUCUGAGCUAUUAAGUUCAGAUGGAGGAGAUUCUUCAGAUGUACAGGAUCCACUACAACAGCAACAACAUCAGAGUGAUAUGUUAGCUCAUCUGAGUUCAACUAUUAACAGCGGUCCGAUAUCACAUGUAGUAACACCUGAACAAAUUUAUAUAACUGCUGCCGCUGUAGAAGAAGCGAAAUUGCUGGAAACCAGAAAGCAGCAACUUCUCCAAAAAUUGCAACAACAACUGACUAGCAAUAAGGUAUCAUCCGUUAAUGGUACCACUAAUGCAGCUGUAGCAACGCAACUUUGGUUGCAACAAAGUUGUGCUACAACGGCAUCACUGCAGCCGCAGCAGCAACAACAACAACAGCUUGCCAGUAAAACAAACCGAAAUCAGCCUUCGAUAAUUUUAGCCAAACAUUCGAUUACUGGAAACCUCACACCUGAAACACAUGCACAACAACAAAUUGCAGCUCUUCAACAAGAUUUCCAACAGCAGCAGCAGCAGCAACAAUUGCAGCAAACUUCAUUCCUGAAUUCCGAUUAUCAGCAACUUGUACAAAAUGGUGAUUUACGGUUAAAGUGUCACAGUGAACAGCAAGCACCGUCAGAUUCCAAAACUGCUACAGUACCGCAUACUCUUCCAUCACCCCAUCCUGUGGUACAUACAGACGAUGGUUGCAGUGCUUUCCGGCAACCACAACAUCAACAGUACUACUUGGAUCAAAAUACGGAAACGCGUGCUACUACUACAACUGCAAUGGCAAUUCGAGAUUGUGAUGAUACAUCAGGUUUCACUGUACCAUCAUCACCAUCAUCAUCGUUAUCAUCAUCAUUGCCAACUUCUUCGUUUGUGACAUCGUUGCAGCGGAAUCAUAUCACAUCUGUGGAAAGGGAUUAUCAUAACAGAGAAGAUGAUACCACCGAAUCAAAGCUUGUCAUCAGUGAUAUCGAAAUGACUGAUGAUUGUAGUAAGACUGAUAAAGCAAGUGAAUCCUAUCCGGUUAGCAAAGUACCUGAUGGAGAAGGAAAAGAAGAACCAUUGUUAACAACAAGAAGCAGCAACGAAAUUAUCGGUAUCUCGACAUAUGCAACUGUGGGUGCAGUGAUUCGUGUGAACAAUGAUGAAUUUGCUGAAAAAAAGGAUAAUACCGAUGAACAACCAAGAAUGAAGUCCAUUUUAGAUUUCGUGGAUGGCGAAGUGGAAAUAAAUGUUGAGCAUAAAGAAAGUGAUGACGAUGAAACGGACAAAAAAUCAAUAGCAGCUGAUGACGAUGACGGAAGCGGAAUAAUUGAUGAUAGUGAAACCAGACUUCUGAUGAAUAAUAUGGACUCUUCUGAAAUACACGGAGCACGUACGGGAACACCUUUUGAGCAAACUCGAUUUACAGCAAUGCGUAUUGAAGAACGUAUUCUAAACGAAAAAUUAACUCCGUCCACAACACCCUCAACAUCAACAGCCUCAGGUUCCAUUGUCAACAUCCUCAGUCCAUGCCAUCGUUUCGUACCGCAAACGGUAUCUGCAACACCAAGUCCACGAUCCGAAUCCGUUUCGAGUGCGCCUGGUUCAUCAACAUUUUGCCGUGCUCCCGGCUUAGGUCCGGUGAGCACAGCGGAAACGCAGCAGCCUGGCACUUCACUUCCGCUUGUCUGUAAUAUCUGUGGCUUCUCAUGUAAUUCCAAAUUUCACUACAAUUCUCAUAUGAACACCCAUGGUGAUCAUCAAUGCACGAUGUGUGAUUAUACGUCACGCACGGAAGGACGUUUAAAGAAACAUAUGCGUGAUUCGCAUACCGUCGAGGAGCAACUUGCUGCAGGUCUUGACGUGGAGCAAGCAUUAACUAGCAGUACUUCAACAUCCAGUACACCGGUGGCACGAAUUACAACAACGCCCGUAGAUGGUAGCAAUUUUUCUACCUCAAUGGCUUCCGUCUUAGAAGCAGCUAAUCUAGCAGCAGCUGCACAAGCUGCAGCACAAGCCGCUGCUGCUAGCUGUUCAUCCAAUUCAAGCAGUGGUGCAGCCACAUCGGUACCAAGUGAUUCCGGCAGUGGUCUCAGUUUGCCAUCCGGUUCGGGAACUCCUCCAUCCAGCGAUGUAAUUUCAUCAUCAUCGCUCUCCGGUGCUGCACAAUCUAUAAGUGGAUUGAUGCCAUCAGCAUUGGAUCAAAUUCGUGCAUUUACAGAAAAUCCAAGCGUGCUACCAGAUUUAUCAUCAGCAAAUUUAGCAACAGCGUUGAUUUCACAGGGUCUUCUUAGUUCACAAGCAUUCCAAGAAAGUAUGAAAUCGAUAAAUAGCGACGAACAAUCAGUCAGUCCAGUCAACGGUGAUAAGCCAAGACAGUGCUCGAGUAAACCGAAAACUUACAAAUGCAAGCAAUGUUGUCAUAUCAGUACUUCCAAAGAAGAACAAUGGGCCCAUGCCCGAACUCAUAUACCAGUCGAAAAGCAACUUGGUUGUACACGAUGCGGUUUUGUCACCGAAUACAAACAUCAUUUGGAAUAUCAUUUACGGAAUCAUAUGGGAUCUAAGCCAUUCCACUGUAAGAAAUGCGCUUACUCGUGUGUCAACAAAUCGAUGCUUAAUUCACAUAUGAAAUCACACACAAAUAUUUACCAAUUUCGUUGUCGUGAUUGUACCUAUGCUACGAAAUAUUGUCAUAGCUUAAAAUUACACUUGAGGAAGUACAAUCAUAAUCGAGCUACUGAUGUCACCGAUUCAGCUGUAAGCAUUGCUGUUAGUGCUACCGCUGGCACUAGUAAUCUUUGCAAUGGUUCAACGCAAGGAGGUACGGAAAAUGAUGAUACGGCGAUGCGACGUCUUAGCGAAUCUCUUGCUGUACAGUCUGGUGAUGGUUCCUCACCGGAACCACUACCAACAACAUCAACUAUGGCACAAGAGUUAAGUGCUGCAUUGGGUAUGACACCAGUUGUCACCAGUAAUUCACUAAAUAUAGCUUCACAUCUGCUUUUCCGUCAACAACAUCAGAUGGAAGAAAUGGAAUUAUUGCUUCGAUUGAAAAAUAUGGCUGGAAUGAAUCCAGGUGCUAUGCUUAGCAUAUCAUUGCAAUGUCCAGCAUGUAGCUAUCAAGCUAUCAAUCAGAGCGAUAGUUUACGACACCAACUGGGCCAUUUGAUCGGUCCAAAUGGCGAAAAUCCGCUUAUUCCACUCUAUAAUAUAUUUGGCAUGCCACAACCAGCUCGUGAUGUACCCAGCGAAGCAUCAUUGUUCGUUUCCAUUGGCGAAUCAAGUAGUAAUUUGAACGAACAAAUGGAACAACAGGAUGAAGAAAUGGAAAUGGAAGCAUCAAAAGUGGAUGUGGAUGAUUUUAUUAGUGGUGCCGAAAUGGAUGAAAAACCUAGCAUAGCCGAUUCGGAAGAUCAUAAUAUGAGUGAUAUUUCCGGUGAAUCACAAGAUUCACCAAGUUCUGAAAAAAGCAGCAUUGAUGAGGGUUCAUCUGGCAUUGAACAGGAAAGCGAUAAAGGUGCAAAAAAGCGAAAAGCUGGUCUGAAGCUAAAUCAAAUCGCUGCGCGGCUUCAGGAGAAAAAUUCACCAGAAAAUCUCGAUUCCGCUGAUAGCAUGAAUGACUCUAAGUAUGAAGGAUUGCUAUCAUCAGGAAUAAAGGAGAAUCCAACAAAUGAAAUGAGCGGAACUUCCUUAGGUGUAACUUUAGAUCCACAAGAAGCGCCAUCGAUAUCAUCAUUAUCAUCAACAACACCGCUAGCUCCACAACCACAAAUAAUACCAUCUCUGGGAAUGCAUAAUGACCUGAUUAAUUUAAGCAAUUUAAAUAUUUUCCAGCAAGCAUGUAUCGCCCAUAUGCAAGAAAUGGAGCGUAAAUUACAUAUCUUAGAAAUGUGGCGUUUUUCAUGCGGACAUUGCAAAAUGGCAUUCCAAGAUGAGCCAUUAUAUCAUAUACAUAUGGGAUAUCACGGAUAUGAGAAUCCAUUCAAAUGCAACCGUUGUGGCCAAGCAUGUUCCGAUUUUCUUACAUUUAAUCUUCAUUUGCUACAAGCAAAACAUUGA